GUGAACACCCAUUAAGAAAGUUACUGACGAAGGGCAGUGAGACACUUUUCAGGGCAUUUCCAUUUCUCUUGUAAUGAACCCCAAUUUUUGGAUGCGACAGCUGAAGAUAUUGCUGUGAGCUAGCGUGGAGCGUGAUAAUCAUGAUAGAGAGGAAGAUGUUGAUUUUCUCGGUGCUGUUGGUCGGUUCCAUCACAAUGGUUCACUCAAGCACUGUAAAUGCAACAGAGGAUGCUGUGAUGUAUUUGUUGAAGUAUAGAUAUUUACAAUCGACCGCCGAGGGGACUAACAUGACCGAAGAAGAGAUUACGGAGGGCAUCUGCAAAUUCCAGAAUAUGGCCAAUAUUCCAGAAACCGGUGAGUUUGAUGAAGCGACGAAGGCGUUGAUGAACAUGCCUCGAUGUGGUUUGCCAGACGUCAAUGACGAUGACAUGAUGGACGCAAAGAGGAAGAAACGCUACGUGCUGUAUCACAGAAAAUGGUCCAACACGGACUUGACCUUUCGCAUCGACUCUGUGACACCCGAUAUACCCAACCAAUCAGAUGUCGAAAACACUUUAGCCAGUGCCCUUCAAGUUUGGUCUGCCGUGACGUGCCUGACGUUUACCGAAGUUUUUGGAGACACACCUUCCGACAUCAUAAUCAACUUCUUCAGUGGGGACCAUGGUGAUGGCUAUCCGUUUGACGGGCCAUCCGGUGUUCUUGCUCAUGCCUUUUAUCCGGUACAUGGCGGUGCGCAUUUCGAUGAAAAUGAGACCUGGACCAUCAAUUCUUACUCUGGCAUUAACCUGUUCCAGGUAGCAGUGCACGAGUUUGGCCAUAACCUGGGUCUGAGACACACCAACAUUACGGAUGCAGUGAUGUACCCUUUCUAUAAUGGGUAUGAUCCAAACUUCAGUCUUCACCAAGACGACAUCUCCGGCAUUCAGGCUUUAUACGGACUGAUCAAAACCACUCCUAAUUCAACGACCGUUCCUGAACUAACCACCAGUCGUGAAACAACCACCAAUUCAGGACCAACUACCACUCCAGAAUCAGCCACCACUCCGGAACCAACCACCACUCUGGAACCAACCACCACUCCGGAACCAACCACCACUCCGGAACCAACCACCACUCCGGAACCAACCACCAUUCUGGAACCAACAACCAUAGAUGGGAUGGUGACUACAAUACCAACCACAAAAGUGACUACAGAACCAACCACCACAGUGACUACAGAACCAACCACUACAGAACCAACCACCACAGUGACUUCAGAACCAACCACCGCAGUGACUACCGAACCGACAACCGCAGUGACUACAGAACCAACCACCACGGUAACUUCAGAACCAACCACCACAUUGACCACAGAAACGACCACCGCAGUGACUACCGAAUCGACCACCGUAGUGACUUCAGAACCAACCACCACAGUGACUUCAGAACCAACCACCACAGUGACUACAGAACCGACCACCGCAGUGACUACCGAAUCGACCACUGCAGUGACUACAGAACCAACCACCACAGUGACUUCAGAACCAACCACCACAUUGACUACCGAACCGACAACUGCAGUGACUACCGAACCAACCACCACAGUAACUUCAGAACCAACCACCACAUUGACCACUCAACCGACCAUCGCAGUGACUACCGAAUCGACCACCAACCGACCACCGCAAACCAACCACCACAUUGACCACAGAAUCGACCACCGCAGUGACUACAGAACCAACCACCACCGUGACUUCAGAACCAACCACCACAUUGACUACAGAACCGACCACCGCAGUGACUACCGAAUCGACCACCGCAAACCGACCACCGCAGUGACUACCGAAUCGACCACCGCAGUGACUACAGAACCAACCACCACAGUGACUUCAGAAUCAACUACACCAUUGACUACAGAACCAACCACCACAGUAACUUUAGAACCAACCACCACAUUGACCACAGAACCAACCACCACAUUGACUAUAGAACCGACCACCGCAGUAACUACCGAAUCGACCACCGUAGUGACUACAGAACCAACCACCACAGUGACUUCAGAACCAACCACCACAUUGACUAUAGAACCGACCACCGCAGUAACUACCGAAUCGACCACCGUAGUGACUACAGAACCAACCACGACAGUGACUUCAGAACCAACCACCACAUUGACUACAGAACCGACCACCGCAGUGACUACCGAAUCGACCACCGCAGUGACUAUAGAACCAACCACCACAGUGACUUCAGAACCAACCACCACAUUGACUACAGAACCGACCACUGCACUGACUACCGAAUCGACCACUUCAUUGACUUCAGAACCAACCAUCACAUUGUCUACAGAACCAACCACCACGGUGACUACCGAAUCGACCACCGCAGUGACUACAAAACCAACCACCUCGGGGACUUCAGAACCAACCACCACAUUGACUACAGAACCGACCACCGCAGUGACUACCGAAUCGACCACCGCAGUGACUACAGAACCAACUACUUCAGGGACUACAGAACCAACUACUUCAGGGACUACAGAACCAACCACCACAGUGACCAAAGAACGAACCACCACAAUGACUACGGAACCAACCACCACUGCGACAACUACCUGCCAAUGCGCGACACCAAUUGUGCAUGUGCCAACGGUGAGUUCCAAGUGUGCAGAUGUUGGUGCAUCUACAGCCUCUGUAACUUGGCCUGUCGUAACUGCCACCAAUGCUGCGGGUGGAAGCACUUCAUGCAGUGAUUCUGGAGAUGGAGCCGGUGUGACAACCACUGGUGGAACCUUUGGAGUAGGAUCGCACACAGUCACGUGCACUGUAACUAAUUCUUGUAGUUGUACAGGCUCCAUUAGCUUCACGUUUGCUGUAGCAGCUUCCCCAUCUCUGACUGUGCCCACGGUGGGUCCGCAGUGUACCGAUGAAGGCUCUGCUACAAUAACUGUGACUUGGGCCGCUGUGACUGCCACCGAUGCUGUGGGUGCAAGCUUCACUUGUACUGAUUCUGGAGACGGAACUGGCGUGACGACUACUGGUGGAAUUUUUGGAGCAGGAUCGCACACAAUCACGUGCAGCGUUACCAAUUCCGAUGGAUGCCCAGGCUCAAAAAGCUUCACAUUUGUUGUAUCAGCGUCACCAUCAAUUUCAGUGCCCGUGGGCCCUGUCCUCUGCACCGAUCAGGCGACAGCUACCGUGACAUGGAGUUCGGUAACUGCCACCAACACCGAUAGUCAAACCAUUCAGUGUACAUCAGGUGCAUUGCCUGUGUUUCUGGUUGGAGGUACCUUCCCGGUAGGAAGUCACACCGUAACCUGCACAGUGACAAAUAACGGUGGUUGCAUGGCAUCAAAAAGCUUUGCUGUUGGUGUUGCAGCAUCUCCAUCGCUAACAGUGCCCAAUGUGGACGACCAGUGCACUGAUUUCGGCGUAGCUAAUGCCACUGUGAGCUGGCCUGCAGUAUCUGACACCAACCUGGGUGGACAAGCCAUCUCAUGCAGUGAAGGAGGAGUUGCAGUGCCUCCCAGUGGCGGUAUCGCCUUUUCUGUCGGUUUUCACACCGUGACCUGUCAGGUCACCAUCAAUGGUUGUGAAGAUUCGAAAAGCUUCUCGUUCACUGUCCGACAAUCACCGAUUCUUAACCUGCCUACUGUCGCCAAUCGUUGUGCGGUCCCGUGGUGGGUUUAUGCGCAGGUUUCAUGGCCCCAAGUGACAGGGGGUUGGUGGUACCUGCAGGACCAUACACACAUCCACACCUGCGUUGUCACCAAUAAUGCUGGCUGCACGGCAGUGGGAGCCUUCGAUUUCUAUGUAUUCGCAACGCCACGUAUAACGGUGCCAUCGGUUGCUGACCAGUGUACCCUGCCUGGACAGAAUGAUGUCGUAGUUUCGUGGCCUGCAGUGACAGGCAGAUACUUGGAUGGCCAAUCCAUCAGCUGUACGGAUCAGAACGGAAAUGCUGUGCCUCUGAACGGAGGCAUCUCGUUUGGUCUUGGAUCUCACACAGUGACCUGCGGUGUUACGGUUGAAAUCUGCAGUACAUCAAGGAGCCUCUCAUUCAGUGUCUAUGUCAUCGCUGUCCUCUGGCAAAGAUAG